AUGUCGCAAAGUGGCUUUCUGAUACAUACAGCAUCUUCACCACCUCAGUACUCUGCACACUGGGUCCUGCCAUCUCAACCGUCAGAUGGUAUGGCGACCGGUCGGCAUAGCAAAAUGGUUGACUCUAAAGCUAAGUCAAUUCGUUCUUGUGAGCUGUGUAAAAACUAUCGUGCCGUAAGAAGUUUAUCGAAUUUCACGGCAACAACAACACCAACACGAAAGUUUCUAUAA